AAACAUUACCAAAUAAUGAGGGUAUGAGUGUAGGUUUGAGUCCUCGCUUGAUCGACACCCUAUGUCAUUUAGCAAGCAAUCGAUGGGGACGAUUUUUCCCGUCAAUCACAUUUGUAUAUUGAAGGAAAACCAAAAAUCAGCAAGAAUACGAUUAGUGAUGGUUAAUUAAGAUCAAUAAUUACUAAUUAGUUCAUAUAUAUCUAUGCCUGAAGACGUGAGAAAAUGAUCUCUCCGAGAGAAAAAAAGUAGAGACUUCUUUGUUGAUGUCUCAUAGUUUUGAAGUCCGUAAUUUCUCCAUCGUAUCUUUUACAGCGAUGCCAACAACAGUGAGAGAAAGUAAAAAACGACAAUGUGUUUUUUUUGAAAGCGGACUCCACUAUUAGUUCGUGCGUUUUCUAUGUUGAAUCAAGGAAAAAUGAUCAUUGACUUCGUAUUUUCUUGCUUUAUUUUCAUUGCAAAUAGAAUAAGAAGAAGAAAAAAUGGAUCAACAGCACGUAAAAAAUUAUACUUGUAUACGAAAAAAAAAGAAAGGAUUAUAUGAGAUAAAAAUGUGAGAGUAAGGUUUGAGCAUAUUUUUCUUGUCAUGUCUAUUUCUCAGAUUGUAAAAUGAGUGAUUAUGUAGUAGCAAAUCAUUUUAUACUAAAUUUCGUGCAUUUGUCGAUUCUAGAUCUUUAUUUUAGCACAAUUAACAAUUAUUGACGACGUGAUACGUUUGUGUAAGUAUUAUUCUGCAAAUUUGCCCAUUGUUAUAUUUUUUGCAGAACUCAUCGUAAGAUAGUGCCUUGCAAACACUGAUGGUUCUAAACCUCUGACAGAAAGAAAGAGAAGAUAAAAGUAAUAUUCCUAUUAUAUUGUCAGGUACGAAAUGUAGAACACUCAGUAGGGUUAUUCAUGUAGAUAUAAUGGGAAAGAUGGUCAUCAAUGAGUAAUGAUAGCCAAACAGUGAGUAAGAAUACAUGUAGAUAAAAGCGAAGUUAAGAAAUAUACAUAGAAAGAACAAAAGAAGAAUCUAUAUAGUAAGAAAAACAGAAAGAGAGAGGUUACGACUGAUAUGAGCUCAAAGACAUGUCACAAUAAUAUAUGUAAGUUUCACAUUUUUAACUCCAUCAGGAGCUACACCGACAAGUUUUAUUUUAAUACGAACUUUUCUUGUAGAAAAGAAAUGUCAACCUUAACCAACAAAGAAAAACUUGUUGAACAAUUACAAGCUGAACGUAAUAUCGAACGAAUUAAAGUGUCAAUGGCAUGCAAAGAUCUAAUUCAAUUUUGUCAAGAUCAUCAAGAUGGUGAUGCGCUUGUACGUGGUUUUAAAAAUAUUCCGAAUCCAUACAUAUUAAAAACACCAUGUAUCAUUAUAUAA